AUCUGUACCAUGGUACGCACCAGCUGUUUUGUCUCUAAUGGUUGUAAUUUAAAAAAAUAUUAAAAAGAAAAAAAUUAAUCUCACAAAAAAAAACAGAUUAAUUUUCUCUCCAAAAUAAACAAGUUUUAUUAUUUUCACAAAUGUACUCAAUUAAAAAAUAUAAUUAUUAUAAACAUAAACAUUUAUGUGAAUUAAAAAAUUUUUGUUGUUGUUGUUGUUAACAUAAAAGCAAAUGUCUAUUGGAAAGUUUUGACAUAACACACAUGUUAGUAUAUUUUUUUAUUCAUUAUUUUUAGAUAAUUAAUUAUAAUAACUAGUAAUAGAAUAAAUUUAUUUAUUCAAUUAAUCUUUGAUGAUAUUUUUUUUUUAAGACAAUAAUAAAUUGUAAUAUUUAAAAACAACAAAACAAAAAAAUAUAUUACAAGUGUAAAAAACAAAUUGCUCAACUGUUUUAUUUAUUAUUUUUCUUUGAAAAGAAAUUAUAAAUAAACAAAUAAGAUGUGUAAUAAUAAUUGAGUAUAUUAUUUUGAUGAAAGAAUGUCAGAAUCGCCUUGUACGUCUAAAAAAUUGGAGCCAUAUUGUAAUGGUGACCAAGAAGCUUUUGAAACAUAUAAAAUAACAAAAAAAUGGGAAAAAUUUCACAACUGGCUUCAUUGUAUUUGCAUUGUGACAUUUGAUCUGGAGCUAGGGCAAGCAAUAGAGGCAAUAUAUCCAAGUCAUGUAAAAUUAUCAUCAACUGAACGUUCAAAUAUUUGUUAUUUGGCAUUUCCUGAUUCAAAUUCUGGCUGCAAAGGUGAUACAAAUUAUCAUGUUAGAAUACGUCAAAGUCCAACGACAGUAUCAACAUCAUAUGAAACAAAUGGCUUAAAAGAAUAUAAUAAAAAAUCUGUAAAUUUUUUACAAUCAGAAAAAUAUUAUUACUGGGGAUAUGUUUAUUUUCGUCAAGUUAAAGAUAAAACACUACCACGUGGAUAUUUUCAAAAAAGUGUUGUAUUAAUAUCAAAAUUACCAUUUGUUAAUUUAUUCAAUGAAAUUGUAUCAUUACUAGCACCAGAAUAUUUUGAUAUUGGUAAAACUGUAAUGGAUGUUGCAAUUGAUGAAAUAAAUAAUUGGCAAAAUCCAAUACCAGGACAAAUUAUUAAUUUACCACUUCUUGGUGUAUUAAUACAAACUUAUAUACCAAAUAAAAAUUACAAAGCAAUUAUUCCAUUAAUUGUAAAUUCUACAAUAAAUGAUAAUAUUGAUACAACAACAUUAACAACAACAACAACAUCAUCAUGUUCAUCUUCAUCAUCAUCAACAUCAUCACCAUUAGCAUUAAAUAAAUCACGUAGACGUGAAUUAACAUCAGCAUAUGAAGGUGAUAUGUUUGCUAGUUUAUCAUCAAUUGUAAGUCAUAUACAUUUAAUUUGGGAAUUGGUAUUACUUUGUGAGCCAAUUGUUAUUAUGACUGGUUCACCAAUAAUAUGCUCAGAAAUGGUACAAGCACUUGUUGCAACAAUAACACCAUUAAAAUACUCGGGUGAUUAUAGACCAUAUUUUACAAUUCAUGAUUCUGAAUUUAAAGAAUAUACAUCUGAUACAACAAUACCACCAGCUGUUAUACUUGGUGUUACAAAUCCAUUUUUUGCUAAAACAUUACAACACUGGCCACAUAUCAUUAGAAUAUGUAAUAAUUUAAUAACAAAUAAAAAUAAUAAUAAUAACAAUAAUAAUAAUAAUUCAUCUGAUUUUAUAAAUAAUCAAAAAUAUCGUAUUAAAAAAUCUGAAAAUUUAAAAAUACUCGAUUCAAAACCUGGUGUAUAUACUGAAUACAAGCCAUUUUUACAAAAAGAUAAAGUUAUAUUAAAAAAGCUACUAAGAGGAAUUCAAACAAAACGACCAACACAAGUUCAAACAGCUUUAUUAAAACGUCAUUUAAUGGAUUUAACUGAAAGUUUUAUGAUUCCAUUGGAACGUUAUAUUGCAACUUUAAUGCCAUUACAAAAAAAUAUAUCACCAUUCAAGGCAACUCCAGCACCACAUAGAUUUAAUCCAGAUGAUUUUUUAUCAACAUUACCAACAGCAGGACCACAAUUGACAAUUGGAAUAAAAGGUGAUUGGGUUGGUCUUUAUAAAAAAUUUUUUCGUACACCAAAUUUUUCAGCAUGGUUUCAUUCACGUCAUACUGAAUUAACACAAAAAUUACAAGCACUACAACUUGAAUCAUUAUCACAAGCUGAUUUAAAUACUUGGGUUAAAGAUAAACAAGAAGUUGAAGUUGUUGAUAUGAUACUCAGAAUACGUCAAAAAUUAAAAUUAAGUUAUGAUGAUGAUGUGCCAAUAACUCAAUUAAUACGUGAUAGUCUUUGUAGUAAAAUUAAUGAAAUGACUCGUACAUUACCAGAUGAUUUAAAAAUAAUACUCUGUCAAGAAUCUUGACAUUUUUAUUUUUAUUAUUUUUACAUUUACAAUGAAAAAUUAAGUAUAAAUCAAUUAUGAUAAACCAAAACAAAAAAAAACGUCAACAUUUGUGUUGUUUUUUUUAUUUUUUUAAAUUUUUAAAAUGUUCAAGUUUUUGUGAAAUGAAAAAAAUAUAUAUUUUUUUUUCAAUCAAGUUUUUUAAUUUAAAUUAGAAUAAUUGAAUGAUUAUUAAUGUAAUUAUAGAUGAAAUUAAAAAAGUAAAAUAUUUACGUAAAAAAAAAAAAAAAUAAACAUGAAAUAUAUUUUUUUGUUUAUUAAAUAAAUUAGAUUUAAUUAGUUUUUAGAUAUUUUUUUUAUACUAUGGGAUGAUAAAUUAAGAAAAUGUAUUAAUUUUAAGAUAUAUGUAUUUUAAAAAUACAAUAAUUUUAUUU